CCACAAAGCUCGAUCAUUCUCCCACUCCCUUUGCUCCUCUGAAAUCGCCAAAGAAGCAGGGAGAUGUUCAAGAACAGCCCCCCGAAGCACCGCCAUGAUGGCACUUCCCCCCUUCCCUUGGGCAUGGACUGGAGCCCUCCUCCCAAGAAAUGGAGCCUCCUUGCAGCAUUUGAUUGAAGUGAUGGAGUACGAGAAAGAUGGCAAGAACACCGUCCAACACAUUAAGACAAAGUAAUAAGGAAAAUGAUGGUCAUAACCACGGUAAAGGGAAAAGAGGGAAAGAAAGAGAAGAUGCAAAAGAAGGAAAACUGUUCAAAUCCUUCUCAUGUUUUUCCUGGCGAAGUAGUAAUGGAGGAAGGCAAAGAUGGCACUAGCACCAGUCAUCACUUAGGCAAGGAUGGGAGAAACACAAUAUGGCCUCACAAUCCUCACACAGGCUGGAGUUACUGUGUCAUGAUUCCUUCCUGGAUUGUUCAAACUGAUCCUGGAGCAUCCCAUGACAGCUUCUUGAAUCCUAUAGUUUUUUAUAGGAUUCAUAUUGGUAUACAAUCUCCAGAAGGGGUUAGCACUAGCCAUGGAGUACUUAGAAGAUUCAGUGACUUCUUGAAGUUAUAUUCUGCUCUUAAGAAGGCAUUUCCAAAAAAGGAUAUUCCUCCAGCCCCACCAAAGCAUGCUUUCUUGAGAAUAAAUUCCAGCCGGAUGCUCUUAGAAGAGAGGAGGCAUGAUUUGGAGGAAUGGAUGGGAAAGCUACUUUGUGACAUUGACCUAUCUAGAAGUGCUCCUGUGGCAAGUUUUCUUGAGCUAGAAGCUGCUGCAAGGUCAUCAUUUAGGGAUGUGAAUCAUGAUCCUUUGGAAACAAGUUCUUCAGGUGAUGCUAUUGCCAUGGCCUCUUCAAUUCCACUUAGACCUAGUUCCAGUGCUUCAAUUGCUGAUGGUGCAAAGGUCGCAUCUAAGUCCCACUCUGUUGCUUCAGACAUUGAUAGUGAUGUAUGUGAAGCAUCAGACCUGGGAACCCCAAGGCAAGGAAAAGUUCAAAUUUCUUCAACUAGCACAGAAAAUCUAGCAAUGACUCAUGAUCUAACUGUUCCAAGAGGGUCAAUUGGUAAUGGUAUCAUGGGAGAAUCAAUCCUGGAUAAGUCAGAAGAAUUUCUUACCAGUAGUUUGCACUGCAAAAGGGAGAACCUUGUUUUAGAGACGGAUAGUUCUGGGGGAAUUUCAAAGGAGACAUUUCUUUCCAGGGGCAGACUAGAGUCCACUUCAGAAUGGGAUCAUGAUAAGUUUUAUGGUCAUACUAGAAAACUGUCUGCUGAAAGUACUGGAAGUGACAUAAGUUCUAUACGGGGUAGUGAAUUAUCAUUUCCUGGGAUGACUAAUUCGAUUUGGGAUGGCUCUGUUGAUCUUCCUAGUAGCUCUGAAGCUCAGAAUGCAAUGGAAGCCCUAUCUGGCUUGGAGACACACAUUCUAAAUGAUGCACAAAUUUUCCUUCCACUUGAUCAACGAUAUAAAUUGAAUAGAGUUCUUGUCACCAUGCAAAGAAGAUUAGGGACAGUAAAAGCAGAUAUGGAGGAUCUUAUAGCUCGACUGCAUCAAGCAAUGGCUGUGAAUGAAUACCUUACAACAAAGGUCAAGGAUUUAGAGGUGGAACUGGAAGUCACUAAGCAGAAAGGAAAAGAAAAUUUGCAACAAGCCAUUUUAGUUGAAAGAGAAAGAGUAACACAAAUGCAAUGGGAUAUGGAUGAACUUCACAGGAAGUACUUAGAGAUCGAGUCUAGACUUAAGAUUGAGCAAAAUGAAAAAACUCGUGCAGAGUCGGAAAAAACAACUGCUCAUGGCGAGAAAGAAUUGCUGCUGCAGGAAUUAGAUGCUAAACAAGAAGUAUUAGGGACUAUGCAGAAGCAUCUAGAAGAGCUAGAAAAGAAGUCAAAAGCAGAUAUCAAAGUUCUUGUCAAAGAGGUGAAAUUUCUCAGGAGUUCUCAAGUGGAGUUGAAGGAAAUGCUAAAUCAAUCUCUAAGAGAAAAGACUGAAUUAGAGAGAGUUGUUCAUAAGGAAAAGCAAAGGUGGAUACAUGCAGAAUCAGCGAGGAAAAAACUUCUUAAUGAAUGCAGAGUUCUUCAUGAUCGACUUCAAGAAUGCCGUGUUAAUUUUCUUUCAGAAUCAGAAGACAAGUUCAGUAUUAAUCCUUCAUCCCUUUCGGAUGCUCUAGAUCUUCUGGCAACUUCAGAUGAUAGAAUUGGCCUUCUUCUUGCAGAGGCACAACUCCUUGCAAGGGACGAGGAACAGAUGGUUUCAGAUAUGGAUGAGGCUCGGAGUAGUGGAUCUUCUGAAAAUCUAAUUGCUACAAACGAUGAAAAUCCAAUUAAUGCAGAUGAUGAGAUAAGAAAAAUGUUGACAGAUUUGUUUAUAGAUAAUGCAAGACUGAGGAAACAGGUUAAUUCUGUUAUCCGUUGCACCCUCAAUACAGUUGUUAAGCCAGAGAAGGAAGAUAGCGACGAAGUUCCUUCCAGGUGGACUGUUCUUAACCGGUUCUUAGAGAGAUGAAAUGAAGCUACUGUAAAUUCUCAUGAAUGCUUGUUUCAAGAUUUGGUGAUCCCUAUUACCAAGGGAUAUCCAAUCAUCUGCAUCCUACGUCCAAUAGUUUCCUUUCAUGUUGUUGUAAACAUAAUGUCGUCUAUAGGGAAAAAAAAAAUAAAUUGAUGAAAUCAGGCUUCCCAAGGGUUCAGCAUAGACUUCUCUCCCUAAGCCUUCCAACGGAAGAUGCUGUGGUUCAUAGACAACCAGGCACUAAGAGUACUCGACUACCUAUGGCUAAACUAUUCAAUAGCGAAGAGGGCUUUUUAAAAGAGCUACAAGCAAUACAUAACCAUGAUGUGGGAUUAUAGAAGUUCAUGGGAUGGUGCAGAAUAACUCUCUCUCUGCAAAUUUAUGGCACAUCUUACUGUUUGUUUUUUGUUUUGAUUUUGUUCUUAUCAAUUCCACCAAAAAGGCAGGCGCUGUCAGAGCUGUCUCAGUUGUUCAUUGAUAAAAUGCCCAAGGAUCUUCACAUCAAUGGAACCCUUUUUUUUUUUUUGUGAUAAGGCAAAAAUGGGGUGAGGGGAGCAACUGGUGUAGCUAUUUUCUUUAGGCGUGACCACGAGGGUUUCCACCCUGUUGAGUGAAUGAAACCUUUCAUAAACCAGGUUGGAAAGGAGUUUGUGACCAUCUGGUCAAUUAAUCCUUUGUUUUUUUUU